CAGACUUAUCGUUUCCGAACUGAAAAUUGUGAUGUCGAUUGUGUACAUGGCAUAAAUUCAAUUUCUAUAAUUUUUUACGUGAAUUAUGAUGUGAAUAAGUGAAUUAGCAACAAUAAAUUAAAUAAUGGCGUUCGUAAGCGCUGUAACCGGCGAUGACUCCACGAAGAAAUUCAUGGAUGUCCUCCAGAAUGAUUUCAAGACAUUGAGUUUGGAGACCAAGAAGAAAUAUCCUCAGAUAAGAGAGGCGUGUGAUGAAGCUAUCGAGAAACUGUCGUUGGCCUCCAACAACCCACAGGCAUCUCUGUAUGGAGUAGUGAAUCAAAUAUUGUACCCACUAGUGCAAGGCUGUGAAUCAAAGGAUCUGAAGAUUAUUAAGUUCUGUUUAGGAACAAUCCAGCGUCUAAUAGCUCAGCAAGGCAUAGACGCGAAGGGAGCGAGACAUGUCGUCGAUUGCCUGUACAACCUGGGGCAGGGCGCAGUCCUUGAACUGAAGCUGCUGCAGACCGCCGCCCUGUUGAUGACCACGUCUGACCUGGUGCACGGAGACACCUUGGCUAGGACAAUGGUGAUGUGCAUGCGCAUGGUAUCGCCUUCAGAAAGCCGUGACGUCAGCACCAGCCACGCUGCAGCAGCUACAGUCCGCCAGCUGGUGGCUCUAGUCUUUGAAAGAGCCCUCGCUGAAGCUGAAGGUGCUCUGAAAGUGAACCCAGCUGACGUGAGACCACAGACUAACAAUAAGGCCCCUAAGGAUCUUAAACCAUGUGCUGUCGAUGCGUAUCUAAUAUUACAGGAUAUUAUUCAACUGAUAAACGGUGACUCAGCACACUGGCUGGUCGGUAUAUCGGACGUGCCAAAAACGUUUGGACUGGAGCUACUGGACACAGUACUCACUGAUUUCUCACCUAUUUUCUUCAAGAUAGCGGAGUUUCGGUUCCUGUUGAAGGAACACGUGUGUGCUCUCAUCAUCAGGCUGUUCUCCCCUAAUGUCAAGUACAGGGCGGCGUUCACAGCGCUGCACAUCCCGGGCGGCGCGGGCGGCGCGAGCGGCGCGGGCGGUGCGGGCGGCGCGGGCGGCCCGGCGGCGGAGCGCCCGCACUUCCCCGUCACCAUGCGCCUGCUGCGCCUCGUCUCCGUCAUCGUGCACAAGUACCACGCCGUGCUCGUGACGGAGUGCGAGAUAUUCCUCUCCCUCACGAUAAAGUUCCUGGACCCGGACAAACCAAUGUGGCAGCGAGCGCUGGCGUUAGAAGUACUGCAUAAGAUGACCAUACAACCAAAUCUGCUGAAGGCGUUCUGCGAGUGCUACGACAUGAAGCCGCACGCGACCAACAUAUUCCAGGACAUCGUCAACGCGCUCGGCGCCUACGUGCAGAGUCUCUUCGUCGCCUCCAAUGUCAAUACACCAGCUGGGUCUGCCGGUAUACCUCAGCAGUCAGGGUUCUACUGGAAGGGAGUCUGGUUACCGCUCUGUGUCACCUUCGAACCUGGGACUGCUAAAUCUGUUUACAUUGAAAUGCUGGACCGCAGCGAAGCUCCCGUGAUACAGGACGGGUACGGCAUCUCGGUGGCGUACGCUUGUCUCAUGGAGAUCAUACGGUCCAUAGCCAUCAGUGUGGAAGGCAACGAGUACUUCAGGUUACAAGAGUUAUAUGAAGAUAUACAAAAUGACACAGAGGAGAGAGAGGUCAAUUCUAAUAAGAAUGUCAACAGCAAAGAUACGGAGAACAAGACGGAUAAAAUGAUAACAAACAACUCCCACAAUGGAGAAGCCGACCAGAACUCUAACGUGGUGCAGAAGACAGAAGAUGUGGAAGAUAAAGAGAAACAACUUCGGUUGCAGCUGCUGAAAUCGUCAUGGUGCGGUCUUGUGUGGGGCCUGUCGGUGCUCGCCGAGGCGAGUAUAGGCGAGCUGGAGAACAUACUGCGCGCCAUACAGACCCUGGCCAGGGUCAGCGGGAAGGUGGGUCACUCAGUAGGGCGCGACGCAUGCGUGAGUGCGCUGUGUCGCUGCGCUCUGCCCGCCCAGUACGUGGUCCCGGCGCUGGGCGCGCUGGGUGCUCUGCCCUGUCCCUGGAGACGGGACCCCCCACCACCACCAGACCCUGACUACCGCCACCAGGUCGUCUGGGUCGGCACACCUCUUCCGUCAGCGUCGUUACCUACAGGUCAGCAGCAGUCGUUCGUGAUGGUGACGUCCCGGCACGUGACGGCCAUGAAGGCGCUGCUGUGCGCCGCCCAGCGGGACGGGGACACCAUCCAGCAGGCCUGGCUGCCAGUCCUCACCACGCUGCAGCAUCUGGUUUGGAUCCUGGGUCUGAAACCGUCGACCGGCGGCAGUAUGAAGGCAAGCCGCGCCAGCGCAGACGCCAACGCCGUCAUGAGCACUUCCGCUGUCAUGGCCGACCUUCCGGGUCAGCAAGUUCCCGUGGCCGAGUCGCUAGGCGUUAUGAGUGCGCUUUCAGCGAUGUUGUCUCGUGUGUUCGAGUCUUCGAAGAACCUGGACGAUGUGGCGCUGCAUCACCUGAUUGACGCGCUGUGCAAGCUCUCCAACGAAGCUAUGGAGUUGGCUUAUUCUAAUAGGGAACCGUCAUUGUUCGCGGUGGCCAAACUGCUGGAAACGGGCUUAGCCAACAUGCACAGGAUAGAGGUCAUGUGGCGACCCAUCACUAACCAUUUAUUGGAAGUAUGCCAACACCCCCACAUUAGGAUGCGGGAGUGGGGAGUGGAAGCCAUCACGUACCUGGUGCAGGCAGCCUUCCAGUACCACCACAACAAUCCUUGUCUUGUCACUGAGGCCCGCGAGCGCCUCCUGCUGGAGCCCCUGUCGGAGCUGUGCGCGGUGCGGCAGUGCGACGUGCGCGCGCGCCAGCUGGAGUGCGCGGCGCGCCUGCUGCACUCCCGCGGGGACCAGCUCGGCGCCGCCUGGCCGCUCAUGAUGGAGAUCAUCUCCGCUAUAUCCUCACACCACAGCGAGCAGUUGAUCCGCUCGGCGUUCCAGUGCGCGCAGGUGGUGGCGGGCGACCUGCUGGGCUGCGCGGGCCCGCGCUGCCUGCGCCAGGUGCUGGCCGCCGCCGCCGCCUUCGCCACGCAGACCAAGGAGCUCAACAUCAGCCUCACCGCCGUCGGACUCAUGUGGAACAUCUCGGACUACCUGUACCACAACCGCGACAAGCUGGUGGCGGCGCUGGCCAGCGACGCGGCCGUGUGCCCCGAGCUGCCCCAGCACGCCGCGCUGCCCCCGCUCGACAAGCUCUGGAUGUGUCUCUACAUACGGCUCAGCGAGCUGUGCACGGAGGCGCGCGCCCCGGUGCGUCGCGCGGCGUGCCAGACGUUGUUCAGCUGCGUGGGCGCGCACGGCACGCUGCUGAGCGCGCCCGCCUGGCGCGCGCUGCUCGCCGUGCUCUUCCCCAUGCUCGAACAGGUUCAGAAGCAGUCGAACAUAGCAAGCUCGGAGAAGGUGGACACGGGAGACCACAUCCUGAUACACCACACCAGGAACACAGCGCAGAAACAAUGGGCAGAGACACAGGUGCUGACCCUAUCCGGAGUAGCCCGAGUGUUCCACUCUCGGUUCCAACUCCUCACCACGGUGGGAGACUUCACCAGGUCCUGGACGGCGCUGCUCGACUACAUUACAGACUUCGCACUGCGCAGGAGUCACGAGGUGUCGGUGGGCGCGCUGAAGUCGUUCCAGGAGGUGGUGUCUGCGGCGGGGCGCGCCACGGACGUGGAGCCGGCGCUCAUGGCGCGCGUGUGGGCCGCCGCCUGGGCCGCCUGGACCAACAUCGCCUCCGCCGCGCCCGCCGACCCGCCGCCAUCAGAAGACGGCAAGCCCGUGGAGGUGUACGCGCCCUCCCUGAACUUCCUCACCACACUCGUGCAGAUAUUCCCGCUCAUCUUCCAGCAUAUACGACCCACGUUCACGGCGGCGGACGUGUCCCGGCUGGGCGCGUGCCUGGCGCAGGCCUGCAGCACGCGGCCCUCCGCCGCCGCCUCCGCCCUGGACGCGCUCUCCGCCGCGCCCGUGUCGCUGCACGCGCUGCACUGCCUCGACAUCGUGCACAAGGAGGCGCUGGUGCGCCACGAGCUGCUGGUGCCGCUGUUCGCGGCGCUGACGGGGCUGGCGCGCAGCGUGGCGGGGCGGGGCUGCGGCGCCGCGCCGCGCUGCCUGGCCGCCGCCGCCGCGCUCUACCGCGCCGCGCCCGCGCCCGCCGCGCCCGUGCUGCCGCCGCUACUGCUGGCUCUUCACUCUGCAGUCCAGAACUUCGGUCAGGACAAGCGACGGAAGACGGCUGAACAAAUGGAGGAGACCGCACAGAUCUCGUCGCUGUUGUUACAGGUGUUAAACACAGGGUUGCCGCUAGCUAGAGAAGAUCCCGAAACAUACAAAGAGUUCUGGGAGACUCUACCCAAAGUACUAGAGACAUUCCUUUUCGAACCACCCGUGGGCGGCGGCCGCGCGGCCCGACAGCUGGUUCUGGCACUCCGGGACCUCGCCCUGCGCGCCCGCCCCCGCCUGCCCCCCCUACACCUGCGGCCACUGCUGGCGCUGGUACGGGCCGGCUCGCUACACACGCAGCCCUCGCAACCCAUACAAAACGAACAAGAGUUGAAAGAGAGAGAAGAGUUUGCGCGGACAUGCUUUGAGACUCUACUGCAAUACUCCAUGCUCGAAGAUAUCGACUCUUUCGCGGGAGUCGAAGAUGACGCAGACCCUCUAGCGAUAGUGGCCCUCCUGGACAGGUUCCACGAGGUCAUAUCGAAGUACACGCAGGACGAGGACAACACGGAGCCACUGCCCAGGCACCAGCUAUCUGAGAUAUCGUUCGUGCUGAAGGCAGUGGCGACCCUCACCGACUCCAUGAAGAAGGCGCCGCCAGGCAAGGUGGACGCCGUCGCCUGGGACAAGUUAAUAGGCCUGUACCCCCAGUUGGUGGUGCUGGCGGCCAGCGGGCGCGCCGGGGGCGCGGGGGCGCGGGCGGCGGGGGCGCGGGCGCGCUGCGCGAGGCGCUGCUGCAGUACGAGGCGCUGCUGCGUGCGCCGGCGCAGCUAUAGCGCAGCCAGCGCACGCGCCGCCUCUACACCAUACACAUCUAGCGCACCACUCCGAACUCAAGCGAAGUCGUCGAGAUGCGGACAUAGGUGGCGCUGCAAACGCUAACUAUAUAUAGUAUAUAAUAAAGAGAACUGUAUGAAAUAACAUUACAUAGUAGUUAUUUAAUUAAUUAAUUAAUAUAUGAACUAGUGCUGUUUUCAAUAAGUUAUUGUUAGAUAGUUAAAUUUUAUAGAUAGAAGUGUGUAUGUUCAGUCGAAAUGAUAUAUUUUAGUGAUGACUUACUUUUUUUUUAAUGUGUGCUAUCAAUCAUCCGUUAUGCAAUUUUCUUAACUUACUUAUACAGGAAAUUUUGUAGGUGUGGCAAAAUUUAGUUUUUUUAUAUUAUAUAUAUUUGAUGGGUCGACUUUUGGCCGCUAUCUCACCUGAUGGUAAGUGAUGAUGCGGUCUAUGAUGAAGCACGUCAACCUAUUCACUCGGGCUUUGAAGACACUCAGGUUAUUGUAUAAGCCGGUAAACGACUGCUAAGCUAAGCAACUGCUACCGGACUGAUGGUAAGCAAUCGCCGCUGCCCAUGGACACUUGAAACACCAGAGGCGCACACUCACUUAUUUUUGUAUCAUACACUUUCACGCUUGAGGAACAAAAUGUUUGUCAUUUUGUAAUAUAACAUGUCGACUAAACAUAAUUAUAUUACAUUAACUAAAAAUCACGGUUUACUCACGUACAUUAAUAGAGAAAUGCUCUACUAGUUUCGAGUCACAGAGGGACUCAAAAUCAUGAGCAGCGUGUACGUGAGUAAACCGUGAUUUUUAGUUAAUUUAAUAUGUCUCACGAUAGUUAUUACAAAAAUAUAAUUUUAUUAUAUUAAAAAAGAAACGAAGUUAUUUUAUUAACAUUUUAUGUUUUAUUUCCACAUAUUCUCCCUAUUACAUGGGAUUUGUAAUAUAACUGUUGAAAUGUGGAUUACACUUAAUAUGUAAAACCUACACUUCUACCUACCCCCUCGGGAAACUAAAGAUGUCUUAAGUAAGUUGAGUGAAUAAAAAAUAUAUAAGCAUUCCUCUAAUAUGGCCAAUAUGUAUUAAAAUUUAUUAUAAUAAUUUGUAUAUAACUGAUUUUCAUUAAUACAUAUAAAAAUUAAAAUUGCAA